CUCCAGUAGCUGCACAGCCUGCUCCUCUGCCUCCUCGCUCCGGUCGUCCUCCCGGUGAGGAUAGGAUAAUAUGACUUCCUGGCUCCGCACAUACGUCCCUCUGUGUCUCCUGCUCGGCUUCUUAGGGGUCUACGCAGAACCGGGUGACAGUGCGUGUUGGUCUCCUAGUAUCGCUUCUUGUGCUGAGUGCCUCAGACGUGGACCACAGUGUGCCUGGUGCUUCAAAGAGGACUUUAUGGAUGGAGCGGGCCCGAGCCAUCGCUGUGACCUGCCGGUGAACCUGCUCAGAAGAGGCUGUGGACCAGAGUUCAUGGAGCAGUCGGAGAUUAAAGUGGUCAACACCACCACCAGCAGCACACAAGUGUCCCCACAAGACAUCAGCAUCACCCUCAGACCCGGUUCAGAGGCCAGCUUCAGAGUGGAUGUGAAGCAACUGGAGCGUUAUCCUGUGGAUCUAUAUUAUCUGGUGGAUGUAUCGGCAUCUAUGCAGGAAAACCUUGAUCAUCUGAAGACGGUGGGUGUAGCUCUGUCUCUUCGUAUGAUGGAGCACUCUUCAGACCUUUGGCUGGGUUUUGGCUCAUUUGUGGACAAACCUGUAUCCCCUUACAUCAAUGUCCAUCCCUCCAAGAUCAACAACCCCUGCAGUGACUUUGAAAUCCGCUGUCGUCCAGCCCACGGCUUCCAUCACGUCUUAAGUAUGACAGGGAAUAUGAGUGAGUUCACACGUGUCAUCAAACGCCAGAGGAUCUCCGGUAACAUGGACACACCUGAGGGAGGACUGGACGCUAUGCUGCAAGCUGCUGUCUGCCAGAGAGAGGUGGGUUGGAGGCCAGAAUCCAAACGUCUGCUGCUCCUGAUGACCGACCAGCCGUCCCACCUGGCCCUGGACAGCCGCCUGGCAGGAAUCGUCACGCCAAAUGACGGCCUGUGUCACAUGGAGAACAAUGUCUACACAGCGAGCACCAGGAUGGACCAUCCCAGUGUGGGCCAGUUGUCUGAUAAGCUGCUGGACAGCCAUAUCUACUCUAUCUUUGCAGUGGAGAAGCAACAGUACCAGUGGUAUGAGGAGUUAGUGCGUUUGCUGCCUGGCUCCUACCUGGGAAAGAUAGGCUACUUCCAGGCCCCAAACCUCAUAGAGCUGGUGGUGGAUGCAUACAAGAGGUUGUUGUCGGAGGUGGCGGUGUCAGUGUCAGUUGAGGAAAAGGCAGCCAGCAGGUACUGGGUGUCUGUGUCUCCCAUCUGUCCUGACGGGUCCACUGCUAGGGACCAGAGCUGCUUGGGGGUACAGAUCAACCAGACGGUUUCUUUCAAUAUCACCAUCGGCCUGCGAUCUUGUCCGGAUGAUGGUGAAGAUGAAGACAUAACAGUGACGAUUCGCCCUGUGGGUUACAACGAAUCCACCAUUGUUAGGGUUCACGCUAAAUGUCACUGUAGUUGUGGACCAACAGGACUCUGCCGUGAUGGCAACCAGUCACCAUGCAGCGGGACUGAAGAUGGCACCAAUUUGGAGCAGAGGCCAGAUCGGGGAUUUCUUAAAGACUCAAGCAGAGAUUCAAACUGGAAUUGCAGAGCAGAUGGGUCUGAUGUGGACUGUAGUGGUCGGGGAUUGUGUGAAUGUGGGAGGUGUGUGUGUGAGCAGAGCAGACUCGGGACAGUGUAUGGGAAACACUGCGAGUUAGAUGACUUUUCCUGCCCUUAUGAAGGUGGACUGCUGUGCGGAGGACGGGGUAUGUGUGUGUCAGGUGAAUGCGUGUGUGAGGACAGCUGGACAGGUGAUAGCUGCAGUUGUCCCAUCUCCACAGCAACAUGCCAGUCGCCUAAUGGCCUGCUGUGCGGUGGGCAGGGCAGGUGUGUGUGUGGAAAAUGUGUGUGUGAUGACAGCCAAUACUCUGGAAACUUCUGUGAGAGAUGCCCUGCUUGCCAAACCACCUGCCAGUCAUCCUGGAAAUGUGUAAAGUGCCACCUGUCUCAUGGUCUCACGCAACAAGAGGCGGGCCACUGCAAUGACACUUGUGCUUCAUUGGUGGGCUAUACGGAUGAUGUAUCAGGUCAAGUGGGAGAGAUGUGGAUUCAGUGUAUGUACAUCAGUAAUGACAACUGUCGCUACCGGUUUCAAACGAGCUCAGAGUCUGGACUGAACCAGCUUCACAUUAGCACAAGACCAGAGUGCACCAGCAACAGCCGGCUGGUAGGAACCUUCCUGAGUGUGUGCGCGCUGACAGUACUGUGUGGGCUGGUGGUGGUGGCUGUGUCCAGACUAGUGCUGCAGAAGAGAGGCUGGUCACCAGGGGACGCCAUUGAGGAUGCAGACUAUCACUGCACUGUCAAGGACCUGUCAUACAUUCCUACAACCAAUGAGAAGACAGUUACCUACAGGAGGGACCAUCCACCUGAGCGGCCCGUGGAGAUGCACAUCCAAGUUUCCAAGGUGCCCCUCGGCGACCCCUGGCAUUGUUAG